UUCGAUUCGAUUUGACUAUCAAAGCGAACCGUCUUCUCAUCUCAGGACUCAGAUCUCACCUCUCAGCAUCGCUCUCACGCCUCACGGAAGCUUCCUCAAUCUCACCUCUCGCUUCUCUCACGGUCUCCUUCUCACAUCUCUCACUUCCUCGUCCGCCGUCGGUCGUGGUUCGCCGUCCUCCUCCUUCUCCUUCUCAAUCUCACGAUCUUCUCUUACUCUCUUGCCUCUCGCCCGCCGCUGCCCUCCGUCGUGGUUCGCCGUUCGCCUGCCGUCACUCUCCGUCGUCUUCGCCUCGAGGUACUUGUCUACACUCGGAGGGAUUUCGAAGAAUCCUUCCCUCGGGAAACAGGGAAUCAUGAUUGGAGUUGGGAAGAUGAAGCAGUACUCUAAUGUCCUCGACAAACCUCUCAGCAAGGGCAAACAAGAGGUGAGUUUGAGUGCGUUUGCAUUCUUGUUCUCCGAACUUGUGCAGUACAAUCAGACUCAGGUUGACAAUAUUGCCGAGUUAGAACGGAGGUUGGAGGAUGCAGGCUAUGCAGUUGGUGCCCGAGUGUUGGAACUCUUUUGUCACCGAGAGAAGGGAAACAGAAGGGAGACACGAUUAUUAGGCAUUCUGUCAUUUGUACACAGCACAGUGUGGAAGGUUUUGUUUGGAAAGGUUGCUGACUCACUUGAGAAAGGCACUGAGCAUGAAGAUGAGUACAUGAUCAGUGAAAAGGAGCUUCUCGUCAAUAGAUUUAUUUCAAUUCCGAAAGACAUGGGAGCAUUUAACUGCGGAGCUUUUGUUGCUGGCAUAGUAAGAGGUGUUUUAGACAGUGCUGGGUUUCCAGCUGUUGUAACGGCACAUUUUGUUCCAGUGGAGGGGCAACAACGACCACGGACGACUAUCUUGAUUAAAUUUGCAGAAGAGGUAUUAACAAGAGAAGCAAGAUUAGGUUGAUAUUGUCAAAAGUAAGAAAGAUCAGAUUAUGUUCUAAUGCCUUCAGCAUUGUAAUAUUGGACAAUGGUGAGUUUCUUUUUGGUCCAUGAACAAAUAUAGAUUUUCACCUGCUAUCUGUGCAGUCAAGAUGCAAGGCAUUUUUUUCGCUCCUCAAUUUCUAUACUUGAUGGCAAUAAUCAUGCAGUUUAAUGUGAGAAAAAAUGAGUCGAGAAACGAAAAGAUUUCAUAGUACUGUGAAGUUGUCUGUAAGAGCUUUGAAUGGCUUAAUCAGGCUGGUGGCGGUGUUUGUGAAAUGUGAAUGCUUGAACCAGUCGGAUCCAAAUUAUUAUCUUACAAAUAGAAGCUUUUGUCACUAAUUUUGUCAAUAGUUGAACUUGUAUUAAAUUUAUAACCCACUAUGUUGGUUAUGCGUCUAUGCUUAAUGUAAAUUUUAUGUGAAGAAAUUGUUUUGAAUAAUAUUUAUUACGAAUUAUUGGUACAAA